GGAGAAUUCUGAUUUUUCCUUUAAAAUAAAGCAAUUUGUAUUUAAAAUAGACACCUUAUGUAGCUGUUUAAGUAAUUAAAUAAAAUUACAUUGGUUGAGACUAUAAAUCAUUUUUAAAAAAAGCAUUUAUAUUCUUCACAUGAAUAUUGUGCAUAACCACAUACAUAGAUUAUAUGUGUGGAAAGUCAUAAUGCUUAAGGUUUUUUAUUAAACUUGGCCCACUUUUACUUCAUUUGAUGUUCUGUAGCAACUCUGCUAGGCUAAAGGGGAAAAUUCAAAAUCUUGGUAAUAGUUUAUUGAAAAAAAAUUAAGUGGAAGAGAGACAUGCUUUAUCUAGGAUGUUUUAUAAAUGUAAGAGAAAAGCAUCUUGUCUCAAAGUACUUGAUUGGAAACUAUACUAGUGACCAAGAAUUCUCAUUAUGGUUUGGACACUAAGUGAGUUAUCUGAAGUAUUUAAGUGGUUUUGUAGAUCAGUUCUUCAGGGAAUGAUAUUCCUCCACGGAGCCCCAACCAUUUUGAGCCACAGCUAGUUAGGCUGUUCCUAUUUCUCAAGGAACUUUGGGAAUCUGGGGCUAUUGGCAUAUAGCACUUGACCAGAGUAAAUUUAACAAAUCAUUGGGAGAAAUGACAAUUAUCCUAACCAGGUUUUAGUGAGAAGCAUCUUAAGGGGAAAAUGCCAUUUAUUUUACUUAAUACUAUUACUCUGAUAAAGUAUAAUGCCAACGAACUAGACAAUUGAAGGAAUCAAACUAAUCUGUAAUAAGUAUUUGGAGAGAAAGUGGGAGGGAAAAAUAAAUAAAACAUUGUCAUCCUCCAUCCUCAAGAAAACUGAAUGAAAAACUUGACACUAUUCAGUUGGUUUUAGAUUCUGAUUCAAACCAAUUCUAAUUCCAAUAUUAUAAUAUUGAAACAAUGAAAUUAAUGAUUCCUAUAUAAGAGGUGAUGAUAAAAGUUGUGGCUAUGUAAAAAUAUUCAUUUGGCUGAGAGGUUAAGCAUAAAUUUGCUCUAUAUUAAUUUCUUCUGAUCAACUAGUUCAUCUUAAAAUGUAUUCCCAGUGUUUCUCAAAGUUUUCCAUCAACCUUUUAAAAAGCCAAAUUUUAAUAUUUAUAAUUUUGGAUGGAGUACAUAAAAGGUCAUUUGCUUUCUGAUAAAUGAGUGGUUUAAUAAUUAAAAUGUUCCAUGUGAUAUAGGGUUAAAAGGCAAUCAUUUUAAUUAUUUGUGUUCUCAAGUUUUAUGGUUUAAAAUUUUUAAGAUUGUGAAAUUGUGUAUUAUUUCUAAUCAAGUCCUUUGCAUAGGUGUAUAACACAUAUAUAUCAUGUGUAUUAGAGACAGAGAGAGAAAGACAGAGGAUCCUUUUACUAACUAACUACAAAUUAUUUUAAGAUUUUUAAAUGUAGAUUAUCAUAACCCUCAUAUUGUUGUUUUUAAUUGUGCUGGGUAGAAUAUAUUUCCUAAUGACAGAUUUCAUAAUUUUGUUUUAGAAUGUAGUGCAGGUACCACUUAAGUAACAGCAAAUUUACUUAUGUUUUAAAAAUGCUUUCAUUUGCUAUGUUUUCUCAGUGAAUAAAACUUUAGAUUCUUAAUUUAAUCAAAACUGAGAAAAGUAGUCAGAAGUGAAGUUUAGUAAUCUGAUGACAUCUCAGCUAUUACUCAGGAUUUCAUAUUGAAAUAUACUAAAUGUGUGCCUUUAAAAGAAAAGUAGAAAAGAAUGCUGUGAAUAAGAGCAAUCAGAAUUUUUUCCUGAUAUUUGAAAACAUUCAUAUUCUGGAGUUUAUCUGUAAAAGGCAGCAUGAGGCUAAAUUAGGUGUGUGGUUAUAAAAUGCCAAAAAUGGAGAUUUUUUUCUGGCAAUCAAAGGGUUAAAGACUUUUUGCUUUACCAGUUUCAAAUUACAAUGAGAAGCCUCUUCUUUCCCAGCAGGGUUGUGCUUACAUUAGUCUUUAGAUCUCUCUUGAAGAGGGCUGGUAUAUUUGUGCCUGCUGGAGGUGGAAAUAACAGUAAGAAGGAGAAAGGAGUUGAAUGGACUUUCGAGAAGGUUUGCAAGUAAACUCAGGAAAACACAUUUACUUUACUAGUACAAUCUUAAGUUUCAUUUUACACUAAGAGGACCCAAAAGAUGUUAAAGUUAUCACCAAGCUGCCGGAAAAAUACAUAUGACAGCACCAAGGUGCAGAUCAGGAUAGAUCUGUGAUUCAGGACUUUGUCUUGGAAAGAACACAAGGGUUUUGAAGAAGUUUAAAUCAAGUGAAGAUAACUCUGGGAACUACAGUUUAUCAGAAGAUCAACUUUUGUUAAUCCAAACACCAAAGAGCUGAUUGCCUUACAUUUCUAUAGGAAUGCAUAGGUCAUUUGACCAAAUCAUAUUAGCCGUCUUCUGCUACAUAAAUGCAGUACAAACUAUAACAACUGUGGAUAAUUGGAAAUCUGAGUUUCAGCUUUCUUAGGAAUAACCGCAACCUGACACAUUCCAAAAUACUUAAAAUAGAAAAGGAAAAUCAUUAAGGAUGUUAUCUUUAGAAAAGUCACUGACAUGAAGAAUAGGUAAAUUUGUUUUUCAGCUGCUGGGGAAGUAUACCUCUUAGGAACUCAGAUUUUAAAAGAACGAGAAUUAAGAACAACCACCAAAAAAAAAAAAACAAAACAACAACUUUUUUCCUUCUUGGGGAAAAAAAUGUAUCUGACUGUACUUUUAUUUAGGGGUAUUGUUGGUUUGCUUUGGAGCUGCUGGGUUCUAGUGGGUUAUGCAAAAGGAGGAUUAGGAGAUAAUCAUGUUCACUCCAGUUUUAUUUAUAGGAGGCUACGGAAUCAUGAAAGAAGGGAAAUACAGAGGGAAAUUCUUUCUAUCUUGGGUUUGCCUCAUAGACCCAGACCAUUUUCACCUGGAAAGCAAGCUUCUUCUGCUCCUCUUUUUAUGCUGAAUCUGUACAAUGCCAUGACAAAUGAAGAAGAUGCCGAGGAGGAGUUGGAAUAUUCAAUAAGGGGAUCCAUGGGAAGAGAAACCAGAGGAGCAAGAAAGGGAUACCCUGCAUCUCCCAAUGGAUAUUCGCAGAGAAUACAAUUAUCUCGCACUCCACCUCUGACCACCCAAAGUCCUCCUUUGGCCAGCCUACAUGAUACCAACUUUCUGAAUGAUGCUGAUAUGGUCAUGAGCUUUGUCAAUUUAGUUGAAAGAGACAAGGAUUUUUCUCACCAGCGAAGGCACUACAAAGAGUUUCGGUUUGAUCUUACACAAAUUCCUCAUGGGGAAGCAGUGACAGCCGCUGAAUUCCGGAUAUACAAAGACCGCAGCAAUAAUCGAUUUGAAAAUGAGACUAUUAAGAUUAGCAUUUAUCAGAUCAUCAAGGAAUAUGCAAACAGGGAUGCAGACCUGUUGCUGUUAGACUCAAGAAUGGUCCCAGCUCUCUAUGUGGGUUGGCUGGUCUUUGAUAUCACUGUGACCAGCAAUCACUGGGUGAUUAAUCCACAGAACAAUCUGGGCUUGCAGCUCUGCGCAGAAACAGGGGAUGGGCGCAGUAUUAAUGUUAAAUCGGCUGGCCUUAUAGGAAGACAUGGGCCUCAGUCCAAGCAGCCUUUCAUGGUUGCCUUCUUCAAGGCAAGUGAAGUUCUUCUCCGCUCUGUACGAGCAGCAAACAAAAGGAAAAAUCAGAAUCGGAAUAAAUCGAAUAAUCACCAGGAUUCAUCGCGAAUGUCCAGUGUUGGAGAUUACAAUACAAGUGAACAAAAACAAGCUUGUAAGAAGCAUGAACUCUAUGUAAGCUUCCGGGAUUUGGGAUGGCAGGAUUGGAUUAUUGCUCCGGAGGGCUAUGCUGCUUUCUAUUGUGAUGGAGAAUGUUCUUUUCCAUUGAAUGCCCAUAUGAAUGCUACCAAUCAUGCCAUAGUUCAAACUCUGGUUCAUCUGAUGUUUCCUGACCAUGUACCUAAGCCUUGUUGUGCACCAACUAAGCUGAAUGCAAUUUCUGUGCUGUAUUUUGAUGACAGUUCUAAUGUCAUUUUGAAAAAAUACCGAAAUAUGGUUGUACGCUCAUGUGGUUGUCACUGAAAUUAAGUGAUAAUAUAGUAGCAACAACAUUCAAUUUUAAACUAAGGUUUAUCAGACUGCAAUUAAAAUAUAUGUGUUUAGAGAAGAAGGUUUCCUCUAAAACCAUUCCAGUUCACUCCAUCUUUCAUCCUAUGUACAGUAUUAUGUAUAUAGAAGCUUUUUAUUUAUUUACAGGAAUGUAGUCUCUUUAAUGGGUGGAUUAUCAGUACAAUCUAUUUUCUAGAUCAUCGCAGUAUAUGAUAGAUCUGAGUUUUAGUGGGUUAUGUGGAGAGCCAUAAACUCAUUCCAUUUCAUCAUUUUAAAAUAUCUGUACAGUUUUCCUGAAACUAGAACUCCUGUGACUGUUUUAUAUUGUUGAAAGAAAUUGAAUACAUUUGGAAACAUUGUGCCAAUGAAAACCAUGGUAGGAUAUUUAUUUAGAGAAGAAACUAAAGAAAAAUAAUAAUAACAACCCAAACAAAAGUGCUUUGGAUCAACUCAAUUUGUCUUUGAGAGGUCCUGCUCCAUUCGAUAAAGUUAAAUGUUUAACCAAUGUUGAGUAAAUAAAUGGUAGGUAGAACAUAGAAACUGAAAGAUUGCACAUAAUUGUUAUAACUGUUUGCUUUAACAGAAUCAGUGUAACUCUAGGAGCAUGUUACUUCUUGGCUAGUGGAGUGUAGGUUUUGCAAAGAGCUCAAAGCUUCAGGAAUUAUGUGGAGACAGGCUCGAGCCUGUGUCCAUAACUUUCCAAGUUAACACUAAAAAAUUGUAGUACAACCGUCUUACCUCAAAUAAAUCAUGUUUGUCUAUUAUCUCGAGCACUACUGCCGCAGAAUUUUUUUCAUGUUUAAUAACUUAGUCCAAAAUAAAGAAACACAUACAUGAGCCACCCUGCCCCUUAGACAAGAGUUACUGUAUGUGUCCAGGAGCAGAAGGACUUCAACAGAGCCAUUUUCUUGAGCUCCUUGUUACAGAUAACUAGACUUUGGUGACUGAUAUGAUGCUAGGAGUCUUAGUUGGGAGAAAGUACUGAAAGUCAACUGAAUAAAAUUAUCCCAAACAAAACCCCUUAAAUUACUUUGACACACAAAUUGAUACAUUUAACCAAAAUGUUCUUAGAGAAUUUGCUGUUUAGAAAGAACAGCUGAAAUCCAUUUUUUAUAUCUUUGAGAAUGUGCUCAUUCAAAUUCAUGUUGUUUUUUUAAAUGGAUAUUUCAUAAAACUUCUUUCCAGCACAGCCAAUUCCAAGAGGAAAGGUUCAGUUGUGUGUAUGCGUGCAUGUGUGUUCUUCCCUCUGAAAUUAAUUUAUUUUCUCUCACUGUUGGCAUGUCUUCUGAAACCAUUCUAAAAUAUAUACUUAACUUUUUGAAGAAUGGGCUAUUGUUUUCUAGGACAGUUCUCUUUGUGGACUCACCUUCAGAUUUAUAAGUAGUGACUUCAUUACCUUCCAUAAUUAUGCCUAUUUGCAGUUCAUGUGAAAAUGAAUAAAGCACAGUACUACUUGUGAGUUUCUCAUUUGGGGUCACUUGGUUAAAAAAAUAUCAGGAAUAACUUCAAAAGAGUUAUGAGUUUGUUUGUGAUUCAGGUAUAUGGUUAUGCUAUUUUAAACACAAUUUAUCCUAGAGAAAAUUUGAUGGUUAACUGUAUUUUGGGGUUCAUUAAGUAAUAUAUUUUUGAAUAAUGGUGUACCAUUGUGAGAUUUUUUUUAAAAAACUGAAGUUUAUAAUAUUAUUCUUUAAAAUGUGCUGUUUAAAAUAUAUUUCUAUAUUUUAAAAUAUAAUAAACCUAUAACACUA